AUGUCCAGAGUGGUGAAUGCAUGUGAUUUCAAGACUUUAUGCCCUCAGUCUCAUGGGAUUGUUUUCAAUGCCAGAGUCCAAUCCAACUCAUCAGGGCGAUCUUCCACACGGAGUAGCAGCACCAGCAGUAAGAGCAGCAGUGAAAGCUCAGUCCAAUCUGCCUCAACUGUUUCUGUCAAGUCUGUCCCUGACUCCACGCUGUCACCCGAUGUUAUUGAGCAGAUUUUGCUUCAGAAAAUAAUUGCAAAGGAAGAUGAAAUCAAAAAAGCAUUUCAGAUUAUUGAUAUCGAUCAGACACUGAAGAUCACUAAGGGUGAAUUUAGAAGAGUGAUUGAAACAUUCAUUUUACCUCUGACAGAUGAGCAGUUUAAUGUGUUGCUAGCAAAGGUCCCAGGAAUUACCAGAGUUACAGUUCCAUAUCUUGAGUUCUUGUCAAUGUUUGCGAGGCCCAUCAGUAGCAUCAGCACAAAGUGGAAUAAUCCCCGAGAAAGCCGAACCAGGACCUUAAGCCAAAUGGAGUGCCUCUUACGAGAGAAGAUUUCUAAAAAGAUCAAGCACUUCAUCAAAACUUGCAGGCUUUUUGACUAUAAUCAAAAUGGACAGAUCCAGCGCCAUGAACUAAGAAGGAUUCUUGAAAUCAACUGCUUCAAGAUGACAGAUUGCGAGUAUGAUAAAUUAUGGAAUCGGUAUUGUAUUUCAAGAACAAAUACACUGAAUUAUAAAGAAUUUUUGCAAUAUCUUGGCAUAAGUUUGGAGAAGAAAAAGAAAAAGAGAGCUGAAAAGAUAAUAGAUUCAGGUAGGCAUCUUAAGGGGAAUGAAUCCCCAGAAAGCAAGAGUAGUGAUUCAAAGAUAUCUUUGCCUGCCACAACUGGAUACAACUUGACAAAGAUCCAUCUAGAUACCACUGCAAAACAUUUUAGAGAAAAGUUGCGUUCAGCCCAUGAGGAUGUUGCAAAGGCCUUCAGAGCAUAUGAUGUCGGUCGAAGUGGAUUUGUUUCUUUGGAAUAUUUAAAAUCAGUUCUUAGCACAUUUAUAUUUCCAAUACAGCAAGAUGUCUUCCAAGAAUUAAUGAAUAGAUUUGGAAUAAAAUUAUCCAAAAAUAUGGCUUGGGAGAAGUUUCUAAGUAAAUUCCAAGAGCCUUUGCUGUUUGAUAGUGGCCAAGUAUCUUCUAAAAGAAAGCAUCACAGAAGCAGAAAAUUGGAUGAAGCCUUGUCAAGUGAUCGGAUUCUCUUAAAGCUGCAUGGACAUAUUCAAGAUGCUUAUUCUUCUCUGAAGAAGGCUUUUUUGAUGCUUGACAGAAAUCAAGAUGGGAAAAUUACAAGAAAUGAGCUUCGACGCAUUUUAGAUUGCAUCAUGUUUCGAAUAAGUGAUGAUGAUUUCCAAGAACUAAUCAAGAUAAUUGAUCCAGAGCAUACUGGACAUCUAAGCUACAAUGAAUUUUUAAACCUCUUUGAAAAAGAUUCCGUAACAGAUUCAAAGUGGGCUAAUACUUCAAAAAAGGCUAAAAAGCCAACUUCUGUCCUUGAAGCAUGGAAUAUUGCAGAAGAUGUUCUAACGGAGCAAGUGAAAGGAUAUUGGAAUGAAUUUAACAAAGCUCUGCAAGCAUGUGAUCCUCGAAGUGAGGGUAUUAUUAGCAGAAAUAACUUCAGAAAGAUCCUCCAGCUCUAUUGCCCCUCAUUAACAGAUGACCAUUUUAUUGCGUUGUACCAGAAAUACCAGGAUGAUACUACGGAAGGGGUUCUCUACAAGAUGCUCUUGCACAGUUUGGGAGUGGCCGAUUUGCCAAAAGAAUUAAUAGCUGUCACCAGCACCUCUUCACUACGAGAGAAUCAACAGGCAGAGGAAAAGAAGCCAAUGGAUCUUCCAGAGAGAAUGAAGCAAAUUGAAGACCACAUCUACAAACAAGCCAGGAAUAGAACCGCUGAUGAAGUCUUCGAAAGGCUGAGGGAUGGCAUCCUGCAUCAGGAAAUGGGCAUGAGGGAUGCCUUCCUUGCUUAUCACAAACAAGCUAGCGGGAAGUUGAGUAAAACUGAUUUCCGCAAGCUACUGGAGGAUAUUCAGAUGCCAAUGAGUGAUGAUCAUUUUAAUCUAUUAAUUGAAAAAAUAGGAUUCCCAGUUGGAGGCUUGAGUUAUCUUGAUUUUGUAGUGAUGUUUGAAGAUUCCAGAUUGGGUGGAGCCUGUUCAAAUCGUCAAAUCAAUGCUAGCAAAAGUCAUUUCAUGUCUGCUGAAGAAUGUCUCAGCCAGUAUAGUGACAAGCUUGUGGAAGAAUAUGGGGAUGCAUAUAUUGCCUUCCGUAAAAUAGAUAGGAACAGUGAUGGUGUAGUCACAAUGCUUGAUUUCCGACGCUUGCUGGACAGUCUCAUGAUCAGCAUGACAGAUGAGGAAUAUGUGCGCCUUCUUGGUAUCUUGGGAAUGAAUGAGACUUCCACCCUGAAUUAUCCAGAAUUCCUUCAGUUGUUCCAAGCUCACUCAACUAAAGAGAUGCGUCCUUGGUUGACCACAUCUUACAAACCUAGGCGGAUUGUAGCAGAUGCAGAUCUCGCUUGUGAACAAGCUCACUGCUAUCUUAGUAUCAAAGCACAGAACAGAUGGAGUGACUUGGCUAUGCACUUCCGUGAAUAUGAUGCUGAUGGAAAUGCCAUAAUUACAAAAAAAGAUUUGAAGGACAUUCUUUUUAGAUGUGGUAUCCCAAUAAACCCCAAAGAAUUUGAAAAACUUUGGACAAGGUAUGAUCCGAAUGCAAAAGGCUACAUUACUCAUCAAGAUUUCAUGCAAAAAAUGGGUGUGGAGAAUAUACCUCCCGAGAGUGGCUUCAAUAAACCGUUUUCAGCUGAUAACUACCCACACUUUAUGGAACAUUACAAAAGAGAUGAAAAACACAUUGACAUCAAUGAAAUCAUAAAUAAGAUCAGUUUAGGAAUUCAUAUACAGGAGAACAAGCUCUCGUAUUUUGAUUUUCUAAGAGUUAUUGAUGACCGUGCGGCAUUCAGCUACAAGAAAAGACAUAUUGUGCCCCCCAUACCACCGAUCAGCUUUGUGCAACUCAGCAUAGAUGAGGCUAUGGCUAAAAUAAAGCAGAUGGUUACGGAUUCCUCUGAUUUGCUGUACAAGGCCUUCUUGGCUUUUGAUAAAGAUCGUACUGGGACAAUUUCAACCCUUGACUUCCGGCAGGUGCUGCACCAUUUCUGUUUCACACUUUCGGAGAAGCAGUUUAACCAUCUUCUGAAACUGCAGCGACUUCGUGGCGAGCACUCCAUUGACUGGAAACAUUUCCUCCAAAAAUUCAACCUCCUCUCAGAGGCAGAAAGAGAGCAGACUCGAUUUGCUUGCCGGGACCUAUCCAAUCAAGAGGUUUUGGCCCGCAUACAGGAAGUAGUGAGUGCCCGCUUUCAAGCCAUUGAACAGGAGUUUAAAAACGCAGAUAGCACAAAAACAAACCUGGUGUCUAAAGAGGUCUUCAGAGAUAUCUGUAACCGCCGUUUCUUGCUUCUAACUGAUGAGCAGUUCGAAAAUCUCUGGAACACAGUACCUCUUGACCUGAGUGGGAGAUUGAAAUAUAUUGGAUUUUUGAGGAAUUUCAGCUCUGAAGGAGGAGGAAUGUCUGAUACGACCAAUGUUGAGAAUCCCACCAAACCACCCUUGGUUACUGAACCUGAAUCACGGGUUCCUUUAAGACCCAAAACAGCAACUCAACCUCAAUCUCCAAAGAAGGGCCCAGGUGCCGGCAGACCUUACACAGCAGGUGUUCCCUCUCCACCUAUUCUGAAUUGCCAGCCAAUUGAAAGUAAAAUUCGGAAAAAUGUUCAACACUGUUGGAAAGAAAUCCUGAAAGAAUGCAGAGAGAAGGAUGUGGAGCGCUCAGGAGAAAUCUCAGUAGAAGAUAUUUUAGGUAUAAUGGAGAAAUUUCAUUUGAAUUUAACCAAAGAAGAAAUUCAGCAGCUGAUAACAAAAUAUGAUUUUAAGAGUGUAGGCAAGUUUGCAUACUGUGACUUCCUUCAAAGCUGUGUGCUGCUGUUUAAACAACAGGAAGUGCCUCCCCUGCAGAGACUUCUGAUCCAAAACUCACGAGUCCAGAAUAUUCCUGGACCUCAGUCCCCUACCUUUCUCAAUGCAAUGAUGAGGAUUCAACCCCAGAUCCUGCACUGCUGGCGGCCAAUGAGGCGGACAUUUAAGUUCUAUGAUGAAAAUGGGACCGGCCUUCUCAGCAUCCAAGAUUUCCGACAGGUGCUACGAAAAUAUGGAAUCAAUCUCUCUGAAGAGGAAUUUUUUCACAUUUUGGAAUAUUAUGACAAAAACUUAACUUCCAAAAUCUCCUACAAUGAAUUCCUCAGAGCAUUCCUGCAAUAA